CCACACCUUAGGCAGGAAUGACAUGAAGGCAGUCUGUGCUGCAGACCAUAAUAUAUACAUGAGAUAUGUACUACGCCCUAGAUAUUAAUUUAAUAUAGAUCUACUUGGAUGGCUACAAGAAUUGAGGUGAAUCUCGACACUCUGGUGGUCCAGGUGGAAGGAUUGGAUCUGGAUGGUAACAAAGCUGGCUCUGGAGCUUAUGGUUGUGUCUUUGGAGUGACAGUCGAUGGAAAGGACUGCAUAGCAAAGAAGAUUCAUAACAUUUUGCUCCAAGAAAGAUCUUUUUUACAGAGAGAUUACAUUUUGACAAAGUUUCGAAAUGAGUGUUGCAUUUUGAGUCGCUUGAAUCAUCCCAAUGUAGUCAGCUUUAUUGGAGUCCAUUACGGCCAUGACAAGAAUGACAUCAGUCUAAUAAUGGAGAGGCUUCAUUCCGAUUUGGCCAAUUUUGUUGAAAAGAAUCCAGACACUGACCUUGCCAUUAGAAUCCACAUUUUGUACGAUGUAUCCAAGGGCCUUCAGUACCUUCACUCGCUGACCCCUCCCCUCAUUCAUCGUGACCUCACUGCUCCCAACGUCCUGCUCACCAAGGACCUUACGGCCAAGAUCGGAGACCUGGGUGUGUCUAGGUAUAUGGAUCCCUCUGCAAUAGCAAAUUUGACAACUAACCCUGGUAACGCUUUCUACAUGCCACCUGAGUGUCGAAUAGAACGCCCAAAGUACACGAUCAAGCUGGACAUAUUUUCUUUUGGUAUUUUAAUUAUUCACACUAUCAUCGGCAAUGUUCCUAAUGUUUAUGACUUAUCCACUCUUUCAUCAUUUUUCUACAACUUGCUGGGAAAAAUGGAGCUAAAACGACGAAAUCAAGAUGUGCAUAAGAAGAUGGGAAAAAAUCACUGUCUAUAUUCACUUGCUGAAAAAUGUCUUCGUGAUCGACCUGAACAGAGACCAAUGACCGAGUAUAUGAGUAGGUCACUCAGAAAAUUGUGUCACAAGAACCCCAGGAUGUCAUUCAUGGAAGCUUGCGAGACAGGUAUUGUGGGUGUGGUUCUGUUGGCACUGGAAGGAGGAGUAGAUCCAAACCAGAAAAAUGAGGACAACUUCAGGACAGCUCUCCACUUAGCCAGUGACAAUGGACAUGAUGAAGUGGUGAGGGUCCUCUUAGCAGCCAAGGCUACAGUCAGCACUCAGGACAAGACUGGAAAGUCCCCUCUCUGGUCAGCCAGCUUCAAAGGUCACCAGAAAUGUGUGGAGCUCCUAAUUGAUGCUGGAGCCAAUGUUAAUAUGCAAAGAGAGGAUGGAGCCACAGCGCUGUUUGUAGCUGCUCAGAAUAAUCACUUGAGGGUUGUCAAACUGUUUAUUGUGGCUAAGGCUCAUGUUGACAUUCAACGAAAGGAUGGGUGGACAGCGUUGCACAUAGCCAGUCGAAAUGGCCACUGUGAAGUUGUCAAAAUGUUGUUGGAGGCCGAGACUAGCGUCGACAUCAGGACUAGUGACAAUGUGACGGCUCUCUACCUAGCCUGUAAGAAUGAUCAUGAUGAGGUGGUAAGGGUUCUCAUAGCGGCCAAGGCUACAGUCAACACUCAGGACAAGUUGGGACAGUCCCCUCUCAUCUCAGCCAGUUACUAUGGUCACCAGAAAUGUGCGGGGCUUCUAAUCGAUGCUGGAGCCAAUGUUGAUAUGCAAAAAGAGGAUGGAGUCACUGCCUUGUUUGUAGCUGCUCAAAGUGGUCACUUGAGGGUAGUUGAACAGUUGAUUGCGGCUAAUACUCGUUUUGACAUUCAACGAAAGGAUGGGUGGACAGCAUUGCACAUAGCCAGUCGAAAUGGUCACUGUGAAGUUGUCAGAAAUUUGCUGGAGGCAAAGGCUCAUGCUAACAUCAAGACUAAUACUGGAACUACUGCACUGUAUGUAGCUGUUCAGAAUGGUCACUGGAGAGUAGUUGAACUGUUGAUUGCGGCUAUGGCUCAGGUUGACAUUCAAGAAGAGAGCAACAGGUCUUAUCUCCACAUAGCCAGUGAAAAGGGUCACCAGAAAUGUGUGGAGCUUCUAAUCGAUGCUGGAGUUAAUGUUAAUGUGCAAAAAGAAGAUGGAACCACUGCGCUGUAUGUAGCUGCUAAAAAUGGUCACUUGAUAGUGGUUGAACUGUUGAUUGUGGCUAAAGCUCAGGUUGACAUUCAAGACGAGGAUGGGUGGACAGCGUUGCACAUAGCCAGUCGGAAUGGCCACUGUGAAGUUGUCAGAAUGUUGUUGGAGGCCAAUGCUGACGUCAACAUCAAGGCUAAUGAUGGAACCACUGCACUGUCUGUAGCUGUUCAGAAUGGUCACUUGAGGGUAAUUGAACAGUUGAUUGCGGCUAAGGCUCAGGUUGACGUUCAAUGGAAGGAUGGAUGGGCAGCACUACACGUAGCAAGUUGGAAUGGUCAUUGUGAAGUUGUCAGAAUAUUGUUGGAGGCCAAAGCUGACAUCAACAUCAAGACUAAUGACAACAGGACAGCUCUCCACACAGCCAGUAAAAAUGGACAUGAUGAGGUGGUGAGGGUCCUCUUAGCAGCCAAGGCUACAAUCAACACUCAGAACGAGGGGGGACAGUCCCCUCUCUGGUCAGCCAGUUUCGAAGGUCACCAGAAAUGUGUGGAGCUCCUAAUCGAUGCUGGAGCCAAUGUUAAUUUGCAAGAAGAGACUGGAGCCACUGCACUGUAUGCAGCUGCUCAAAAUGGUCACUUGAGGGUAGUUGAACUGUUGAUUGCGGCUAAGGCUCAGGUUGACAUUCAGGAGAUGAAUGGGUGGACAACACUGCAUAUAGCCAGUCUGAUUGGUCACUUUAAAGUUAUAAAAGUUUUGUUGGAGGCCAAUGCUGACGUCAACAUUAAAACUAAUGAUGGUCGCACUGCCUACGACUUGGCUCGUUGGAAUAAACACUCUCAAGUCUGUGAACUUUUGCAUUUGCAGUGACUCUGUGUUUUGUAUUCUCAAUCUUUUAAAUGCAAUUUGCCUCCCCUUACUUGCUUUUCAGGCUUUUCAUGAACAUAAUAAUUAUAAAUUUUAUUAUAAUUAUAAAGUUCUAUUAAUUUAUAUACAUUCGUACAAUCUCAUUAGUAUUGUCAAAGGGGAUAAAAUGAAC